AUGAAUGCAGGAUCAAAGUCUUUCGAAAGCGAUAAUCGAGCGUAUUGGCUUGGAAGGAAUCACAGAAUCCUCGAUUGGUUAUUGUACGAGAGGUCUUCAAUCAUAUGUUUGCAGGCAAAAGAGCUCGAGAAGAGGCUUGGUUAUCUCAGUUACAAGCUUGGCCGUACCAACAAUCGUGGCGAUGGUCUUACGGCUGUUCAGAAGGACUAUUUCAGAGUUUUGAACUUGAGAGAUUUGCUUUUCAACGAUUGUGGUGACAGAGUCGCGCAGUUGCUUCACGUAGAAUUAGUUCCUCCUUACUCUCAGUACGAUGCUCAUCAACAAGUCUUGAUCGUCAACACUCAUUUGCUCUUCCCUCAUGACUCAACACUGUCCAUAGUACGAUUGCAGCAGGUAUAUAAGAUUCUUCAGUAUGUAGAAUCGUAUCAGAAAGAAGUCAAUCUCAGUCCCAUGCCUAUUAUACUUUGCGGAGAUUGGAACGGGAGAAAGAGAGGACAUGUCUACAAGUUUCUGUGGUCACAGGAGUUUGUGUCGUCGUACGACACUGCUCAUCGGUACACAGAUUCAGAUGCUCACAAGUGGGUGAGCCACCGGAAUCAUCGUGGUAACAUAUCCAUGGCUCUGCCUCAACCACACUGA